AGCUAAUAAUCACACCGGAAAAAGAAGAAGAAGAAGCCAUUGGAGAUCAUGGAACCGGAAGAAAAUCAUCAAACUGUCAUGGCGUCUUUUGUAAUUUCUUACAUACAUAAUCGAGACUGUUGAAGUUAGAGCGGCCCGUGUUCGCACUACGGCCUAAAACAAGACGACAGGAACCACAAGGUUCAGUCACAAACGUGCCUACGCUGCAGGAACGCGUGAUCCAACAUGAGGACGGUUCUGAUGGUGGCAGAGAAGCCGUCGUUGGCUCAGUCCAUUGCCAAAAUCCUGUCUAAAGGAAGCUGCACCAGCCGUAAAGGGCUCAACGGAGCGUGCUCAGUGCACGAGUACGCCGGCAGCUUCCAGGGCCAAAGUGUCCGAUUCAAGAUGACUUCUGUUUGUGGACACGUGAUGACUCUGGAUUUCAUUGGGAAGUACAACAACUGGGACAAGGUGGACCCUGCAGAGCUCUUCAGCAAAGCUCCCACAGAAAAGAAGGAAGCCGCCCCCAAGCUCAGCAUGGUCAAGUACCUCCAGGUUGAAGCCAGAGGCUGUGACUACGUGGUUUUAUGGUUGGACUGCGAUAAAGAAGGCGAGAACAUCUGUUUUGAGGUGCUGGAUGCUGUUCAGCCAGUGAUGAACAAAGGCAGUGUCAGGGAGCGCAGUGUUUACCGAGCCAAGUUCAGCUCCAUCACGGACACUGACAUCUGGAACGCCAUGAACCACCUGGGAGAGCCCAACCGCAACGAAGCCCUCUCAGUGGACGCGCGUCAGGAGUUGGACCUGAGAAUUGGCUGUGCUUUCACACGGUUCCAAACCAAAUAUUUCCAAGGUAAAUACGGCAAUCUGGACUCUUCCUUGAUCUCGUUUGGGCCCUGUCAGACCCCGACUCUUGGCUUCUGUGUGGAACGCCAUGACAAAAUCCAGUCCUUCAAGCCAGAGACUUACUGGAUCCUUCAAGCAAAGGUGUUCAAAGGAAAGGAGAGCCCUAUAACACUGGACUGGAACAGAGUUCGUGUUUUCGACAGGGACAUUGGGCAGAUGUUCCUUAACCUGGCCAAGACAUCCAGGGAGGCCAAGGUGGAGUCGGUGAGUAAGAAAGACAAGACCAAGCAGAGACCUCAGGCUUUGAACACGGUGGAGAUGCUGCGAGUGGCCAGCUCCGCCUUAGGCAUCGGCCCCCAGCAUGCUAUGCAGAUCGCUGAGCGUCUGUAUACACAAGGCUACAUCAGUUACCCACGCACUGAGACGACCCACUACCCUGAGAACUUUGACCUGAAAGGGACUUUGAGGCAGCAGAGCAACAAUCCUGUGUGGGCGGAGGAGGUCAAGGCUCUACUUGAAAAUGGAUUAAAUCGACCCAGGAAGGGAAACGAUGCUGGGGACCAUCCACCUAUUACCCCCAUGCGUGCUGCCUCAGAAGCUGAGCUGGGCAGUGAUGGGUGGCGUCUAUACGAGUACAUUACUCGGCAUUUUAUUGCCACUGUCAGUCAGGACUGCAAGUACCUACAGACCACCAUCGACUUCAGCAUCGGCCCAGAAGGUUUCUCAUGUAGCGGCAAAACCUUGAUAUCACCAGGUUACACAGCAGUGAUGCCCUGGCAGGGCAUCCCUCUAGAGGAGGCAAUGCCAGCUUGUGAGCGGGGAGACACUUUCACGGUGGAUGAAAUCAAGCAGGUGGAAAAGCAAACCAGUCCUCCAGACUACCUGACUGAGGCUGAGCUCAUCACCCUCAUGGAGAAACAUGGAAUCGGAACUGAUGCCAGCAUCCCUGUGCACAUCAAUAACAUCUGCCAGAGGAACUAUGUGACCGUGGAGAGUGGACGCAGGUUGAAGCCAACCAACCUGGGCAUUGUCCUAGUCCACGGCUACUACAAGAUAGAUGCAGAGCUGGUGCUGCCAACCAUCCGCAGCGCCGUGGAGAAGCAGCUGAACCUCAUUGCUCAGGGGAAGGCCAACUACCAGCAGGUCCUGCAGCACACGCUGGACAUCUUCAAGAGGAAGUUCCACUACUUUGUGGAUUCCAUUACAGGCAUGGAUGAGUUAAUGGAGGUUUCUUUCUCCCCUAUUGCUGCAACUGGGAAGCCCAUGUCCCGCUGUGGCAAGUGCCACCGCUUCAUGAAGUACAUCCAGGCCAAGCCCAGCAGGCUCCACUGCUCCCACUGUGACGAGACCUACAGCCUUCCACAGAACGGGGCCAUCAAGCUUUACAAGGAGCUGCGCUGUCCACUGGAUGACUUUGAGCUUGUCCUGUGGACCUCUGGGGCCCGUGGCAAGAGCUACCCGCUGUGUCCCUACUGCUUCAGCAACCCCCCCUUCAGGGACAUGAAGAAAGGUCUGGGAUGCAAUGAGUGCACCCAUCCAUCCUGCCAGCACUCUCUCAACUCUUUGGGCAUCGGACAGUGUGUGGAGUGUGAGAGUGGGGUUCUGGUGCUGGAUCCCACAUCUGGACCAAAAUGGAAGAUGGCCUGUAACAAGUGCAAUGUGGUGGUUCACUUCUUUGAACACGCCCAUCGCGUGCAGGUUGCUCAGGACAGCUGCAAUGCCUGUGAAGCCUCCCUGGUGGCUGUUGACUUCAACAAGGCCCGUACGCCACUUCCUGCUGGCGAGACCCAGCACACCGGCUGCGUGUUCUGUGACCCUGUGUUUCAGGAUCUGGUGGAGCUCAAACACGCCAGCCUGAGGCACGCCAUGCACCGAGGGGGGGGCGCACGGCGAGGAGGACGGGGGCGAGGCAGGGGGCGCCGAGGCAAUCCUAAAAAACCUAAAGACAAGAUGGCCGCCCUGGCAGCUUACUUUGUGUAGUGUCUGUUAUUUACAUACUGGUACAUGUGUUUAGUUACUGAGUAAAACACAUUAUAACAUGUUUUC